AUGGUUAAAGCUAUCGAGUCUUACGACGAGUUCAAGAAGUUGACCGGCGGUUCCGAUGUUGUCGUUGUCGACUACUGGGCCACAUGGUGCGGUCCAUGCAAGAUGAUCUCUCCUCAUUUUGAGAAGAUGGAGGCGAAAUAUCCCAACAUCAAAUUCGCCAAAGUCGAUGUUGAUGACCAGGAGCAAAUCGCCCAAGAGGAGAGUAUCCGAGCCAUGCCUACGUUCGCCGCUUACAAGGAUGGUAAACGGAUCAAGGAGUUUGCCGGCGCCCACGUCCAAAAAUUGACCGCUCUGCUCGACGAGGUCUCUGCUUAA